UCCGAUUCACUCUCUCUUCGGGACUACACCCCAGCGGUUCACGCAGAGAAACGCCGGGUGUCUCCAAAGCAUGAAGUGCCUGAACAACCGGGCCGACAGCCACCUGACCGGGCAGGUGGAGUGCGAGUUGGACAGCGCGGGCAAUGGGGCCUGGGUGAACCAGGGCUACUGUGGCUCUCCUCCACCGCUGCCCCGAGCUGUCAGCACCAUCUACAACCCUCAGCCUCUGUUCCAGGGCUCCAUGGACGGCAUGUACAAACUGGACACCCCCGGCCCGUUCCACCAGCCACCCGAGGAACCACUACCCACCGAAAAGAGUCUGGUGAAGAAGCGAAGAGGCUGCUGCUCUUUUAUCAAAGGGUUGUGGGGCACAACACUGACUGAAAACACCUCUGACAACAGGGAACUGUUUGUCCGAACCACGCUUCGGGAGUUGUUGGUCUAUCUGGUGUUCCUGGUGGACAUAUGCCUUUUGACGUACGGUAUGACCAAUUCAAGCACCUACUAUUACACCAAAGCCAUGACGGACCUGUUUGUGAAUACAGCCGGUGAGAGUGGGGUUAGGUUUCAGUCCAUUGGCACCAUGGCUGACUUCUGGACAUACGCCCAAGGCCCAUUACUGGACGGCCUCUACUGGACUAAAUGGUACAAUAACCAGUCACUAGAGAGCGGGAACAAGUCCUUCAUCUACUAUGAGAAUAUGUUGCUGGGAGUCCCCAGGAUGAGGCAAAUCAAGAUCAAGAAUAACUCCUGCAAGGUCCACAACGACUUCCAAGAUGAGAUCAUGGGAUGUUUCGAUGUCUACAAUGAGAAGAAGGAGGAGGACCUCAGCUUUGGUCUCAUUAAUGGCACUGCAUGGACUUACCACACGGAGAAAGAGGUCAAGGGCUCCGCUCACUGGGGAUUGCUGACCACCUACAGCGGAGCAGGAUUCUAUCAAGACCUGGGUCGGACCAAAGAGGAGAGCACCGUCAUACUGAUGGAACUGGUGGACAACCUAUGGCUGGACCGAGGAACCAGAGCGGUCUUCAUCGACUUCUCCACUUACAACGCAAACAUCAACAUGUUCUGUGUCAUCAGGUUGGUGGUUGAAUUCCCAGCAACCGGAGGAGCAAUCCCUUCCUACCAGAUCAGAACGGUCAAACUGAUUCGCUACAUCACCUACUGGGACUACUUCGUCCUCGGCUGUGAGAUGGUUUUCUGUUUGUUCAUCCUCUACUAUGUUGUGGAGGAGAUUCUUGAGCUACAAAUACACAAGUUCUCCUACUUCAGGAGCAUCUGGAACAUACUAGAUAUUGUUGUCAUAAUGCUCGCCAUCGUUGCCAUUGUAUUCAAUAUUUUCCGCACUGUCAAAGUGGAUAAGUUACUUGGCAAGCUGCUGGAACAACCCGCUAUCUAUGCUGAUUUUGAAUUUUUGGCAUUCUGGCAAACACAGUACAACAACAUGAAUGCUGUGAACUUGUUCUUCGCGUGGAUCAAGGUUUUCAAGUACAUCAGUUUUAAUAAGACCAUGACUCAGCUGUCCUCCACACUGGGAAGAUGUGCCAAAGAUAUCUUGGGAUUCGCCAUAAUGUUCUUCAUAGUCUUCUUCGCUUAUGCUCAGCUUGGAUAUUUGCUCUUUGGGACAGAGGUUGACUCCUUCAGCACCUUCGUGAAGUGCAUAUUCACACAGUUCAGGAUUAUUCUUGGAGACUUUGAUUAUGAUGCCAUCGAUCGCGCUAACAGAGUCCUUGGGCCAAUCUACUUUGUCACCUAUGUUUUCUUUGUUUUCUUUGUCCUGCUGAACAUGUUUCUGGCCAUCAUAAAUGACACAUAUUCUGAGGUAAAGGAGGAGCUCUCAUCCCAAAAAGAUGAGCUGCAGAUUACAGACAUCAUCAAGCAGAGCUAUAUGAAGACCUUUAUGAAGUUGAAACUCAAAAAGGAGAAAAUAUCUGACGUUCAGAAGGCGCUACGUUCCGGAUCUGGAGAAAUUGAAUUCAAGGACUUCAGAGAAACCCUGAAAGAGAUGGGACAUGCUGAUCACGAAAUCUCUGCAGCCUUCUCACGGUUUGACUGCGACGGGAAUCAAAUUCUAGAUGAAGACGAACAGGAUAGGAUGAAAAUUGAGCUCGAGGAAAAGAGGGACGCUCUCAGCGCUGAGCUCAACAAUCUUGGAAUUAAUUACGGGAAAGAAUUACUGGAGAAGCCCGCUGUGGCCUCCAAUGAGCAAAAGAACAGCUCCAGUCAAACAUUUGUGGAUCGAGAGCAGUUUCUGAAACUGGCCAGGCAGGUUCUCACCCUCGAAAGCUCCGUGGCAGGCGUUACAAGCAGGAUUGAGUUGAUAAUGGAGAGACUGGGAUUACAAGAGAAAGCCAAAGGGAACGAAACUGCAGGGAAGCAGUCCGUGACCAUUAAUGACAGUGAUGACACUGCCUCAGAUGGGAGCAUCCUGGUCUGCGUGGACAGAGGCACGAAGGCCAGUCUGUCAUACAGGAGACCAGCAGUUCGCACCAGCUCCACAUACAACUGUCACAUGUGAUUAACCCUCCAGGAAACAGAGACAUCGGUCAUCUGGUAGUCGGCCGACACAUGAGAAUGUGCGGGGUCAUCCACCAACAAUAUUUUGUGCUUGAGAAUGUCCCUUUGUCCAGAGUAAAGAUUCUAAAACUACAAUUAGGCAAUAAGAUCAACAAUGACACAACUGACAGUAGGACUCACGCCAGGCAAACUGCAACACUUCAUUUUAUGGUCACAUGUAUAUACGGUAUACAUACUUUUGAUUUUGCUUACUAGGCGCCUUUAUUAGAGCUAAUGUAAUGAAGUGGAUUAAGCUCAGAUUUAUAGAGGACUACAAUGUAUGUUGUAGAUGAGACCUGAAUGUAAAUCGACGUAUUGUACGUGUUGUGGAAUAUACAUUUAUUUCAAAAGUAGGUUAGAAGAAAGUGACACCAUAUAAUCCAUUAUUAGGCAGGGCAGGGGCCCCUCACCAUCUGACUAAAUUAAUGUUUGCGUUGCUUUAGUCGUGUAAUGUUUAUGAAUAUAAAAGUUAUAUUGCAGCUUCUCAGAAACUACCCCCCCCCCCCCGUAGUUCAGUGAGAUGUCUACAAAAUAAUUCCCCAGAUAUAUUUUUUUAUGAUUAGAUGCAAUUCAGUAAUUAUACACCAAGUUUGCCCACUUCAUGAGCUCCCAGAACCUCAUGUUGUAACCGAGCAAAUACGAUGAAUGAAAGGAUCUAUAGCCCUCCAUUAAAAACAUUUGUUAAAAACAAAAUACUCUAAAUUAGAACAUAUUAUCCCAGUGGACUGGAUAUUAAAAACAUCUGGCUGUCACUAUUCAGGUUUCAUACGUCCAGACGGCGCUGCACAACAAAAAAGGGAGAAAAGUUUUUAAGCAAUUGUAUAGAAAACUCAUUCCAUCUCAUCUAUAAUCAAUGUAUCAUUCAGAUGGUUCAAACCUCAGUUUAAUAAAAGUUAGUGUCUGGUAGAAUUACUGUGAAGACAAUUUUACAGUUAAUUUAUGUGUAAAGCUCAAUUUAUUUGUGUAUAAUAAAUGUACCAAAUGAC